GUUUGGGAGAUGGGAGGAUCAUUGGAGGGGAUGGAAGUGGAAGCUUUGUGGGGGGAUUGAAUCUUCGAACGACCCAAUCUCCUUUGGAGCUGCGGUCGUGCCGCUGCAUGCUGCGUUCGUGCCUUCACCCGGUUCCGCUUCAUGGCUCAGUGGACGCAAAUGGAAAAGAUGCUUGUGCCAAGCUGAUGUGGCCCCAUCAAAAAGAUGGCUGUGGCGGCAGUGAUGGCGCGCCGACAGGAGGCAGAAACACCGAAGGUGGUUUCGCUGACGGUGGCCACUCCCAGUAGCCCCAGCCGCCCGAGCUCCGCGUUCUCCACUCGGAGCUUCAGGGCAUCUGACCAGGGAGCCAAGGUUCAGUCGUUCGUUGGGGAUGACGACUGGCGGGAGAAGCAAGUCUCCAAGGCGGUCUCGGUCUAUUCCAGCAAACGAGAAGUUGCAGAUGAUGAGUUUCAGGAGAUUCUGCAAGAGCAAGGAGUCGCUGAUAUCAAGACCGAAGAGGAGGAAGUUACGCCCAGAGUCCAGUUAGUGGAGACGACGGAGUUUGAGUCGGGCAUCGGCGUGAUGAUCGCCAUCAAUGCGGUGCUGAUGGGCUUUGAAGUUGACUUGGCCAAGACAGGGGACAUUGGAUGGAUCAUUGUGGAGAACUUCUUCUGCAUCUUGUGGAUCACUGAGAUGCUGCUGAAGUUGCGGGCUUUGAGGUUAGAGUACUUUUGGAGCCCUUUCAAUCUCUUGGACUUCGCCUUGGUCCUGCUGGCCAUCGCCGAAGCGUGGAUCAUCCCCUUUCUGCUCCCCUCCACCGGCGGACCCAGCGGCCUGGGCGUCAUCCGCAUCGUGAGGAUCAUGCGGAUGCUGCGGCUGCUUCGGCUCAUCCGUUUGAUGAAACUUUUCAAGAAUUUGUGGCUCAUCAUCGUGGGCUUCAGGGAAUCAUUGAGCACACUUUUUUGGGUGAUAAUGCUGCUUACAGUGGUGAUCUAUGUGUUUGCGAUCUUCCUUCGAUACACCUUGAAUUGCCUCUCCAGCCAGUUCGAAGACUGGAAUGAGUGUGAAGAAUAUUUUGGAAGCAUGCCUGCAGCGAUGUACACGAUGUUUCAAGUCAUCACGCUGGAGUCUUGGAGUCAGGUCUUUGCCCGCCCAAUUGUCCGGAAACAGCCGGCCUUUUUAAUUUUCUUCCUGCUCUUCCUUUUUCUGACCACCUUUGGCAUCCUCAACAUCAUUGUAGGUGUCAUUGUGGAGAACACCCUCAAUGCGGCCAAGCAGAAUCAAGAGUUGCAGGAGCGGCGGAUGCAACGGCAACUGCGCCAGGAGCUUGAAAGCAUCCGGAGGCUUUUUGAGGAGGCGGAUGCGGAUGGCAGUGGAACAUUGGAGAAGACCGAGUUCAUCGAUAUUUUGAACGACCCCGUAGUGCAGGCGACACUCACGCGCAUGGAGAUACCCAUCGACGAUCCAGGGGCGCUGUUUGAAAUCCUAGACCCACAGGGGAACGACUCGCUGAGCUUCCCCACCUUUGCACAAGGUGUUUUGAGAGUGAAGGGGCCUCCCACGCAAUUGGAUAUGAAGACCAUGCAGCUGGGCGUCACCUCCAUUUCAAAACGGGUGACCAAAGUGGAGCAAGCAGUUGACCUACAUACAGCUCUCCUGAAGAGGAACAUGUCGAUGCUCGCCGAGGUCAUGCAGAAGUUGGGCUGCGCGCGCGAGCCGGGCGAAGCGGGCGCCGGGUCCGCCCCGCCCGCCGCUGGCCCUGGUGCGGUCCCCGCGGCCGCGCCGCAAUCCAUCCUCCGGGCGUCGACGACGGAGGUCCAGGAGUCCAUGGAUGUUGAGAGCAUGGGCGACGAGAAUGACGAUCAGUCGGGCGUGGAAAAGAGCUUUUCCGGUGAGAGUCUUGAAGUUCUGCGAGACAGCGCCAUCGGCUUUCGCAAGUCUUCGCCGAUGGCAUCAGCGCCAAGGAUAGUGCCAAGGCUAGUGGUGCAGAAGGCACCGGACCUACCAGGGUCUCCAGAUCGGUGAGCGCACCCAGUGGCCCACGUCUCCGGGCUUUCGGCGCCUCAGAAUUGGCUUUGUUAGCUUUGGGCCCUUUGGGAGAAGCCUUCCCCACCUCUGGUUCCUGUAAGGGGUCGCUGGGACAGGAUGUUCCCGGCCACCUUUCUUGCAAUUUUGAGAGAUCCUCAAAUAGAUUUUCGUUGCUCCAAAGGAGCAGGAACUUCGUCCAGGCUUCCAUGAAGCUAGGACCAUCCGUCCAAGCAUCCGCGCCUCCGUGGUCUUCAUGCUUGUGACCAUUGCCCAUGACUUGAAGUGUUGUGAGCGGGCUGGUGUGAUGUGGUUGCAAUUGCUGGAGUUGUUCGCUGGAUUUCUCGUUGAAGAGGCAGCUUCUUGAAGAGAGGCCGUCGUUUCACGUUGAAAAGAGUAGCUUGGGGUGAGGUUCAUCCUCAAGCUGGCACCGAACCUGUACAGACGUGCGCAGAAAAAGCACGCGGUCGGCAGCCUGUACAGACUGGUCCGCCCUGAAGGUCCGUCCUUAUGGCCUUGUGGUUCCUCAUUUCCCACUUGGCUUUAUCCCC